AAUAUGAAAUUUUAUUUUUUCAAUGGGUUCAUAUCAGAGAGAGCGCGAACACAUCGCCCAAGGUUCGAGGUAGGCCAUACUAUUCGUUCACCGUAUUCAUAUCUGUUCUCUCAAUUUGAAAGAUUCCCCUCUACCAACAAGGAGCCAGAAAACCCUAAAAUAUCCGAUCAAAGAAUGAGAAUUAAAACCCGGAGCGCGAAGCCUCGCUACUGCAAAUCAUCUCACAGAUCAUCUUCAGCCACCACAACAAGUCCACCUCCUUCCCCUAUUCCGGAUUAUAGUUCAAAUGAUGAAGAUAAUACAGGUAGGAUGUCAAUUGACAAAUUAAGACAAAGUGAUGGUGAUGGUGGAGAAAGUAAUGUGGGUGAGGAUUCCAGUGAUAAUGAUUGGUUAGAGGAAAAGAGUUGCUUAAUGUGUAAUAUGGGUGGCCAAUUGCUGCUUUGUUCUGAGAUUGGUUGUCCAAUUGCUCUUCAUAAAGAGUGUAUUGUGUCUAAGCCUAGGUAUGAUGAAGAGGGAAACUUUUAUUGCCCUUAUUGUUGGUUUAAGCUUCAACUGUCUAUAACUGGAAAAUUGAAGAAAAAAGUUCUGCUGACUAAGAAAGUUCUGGAGAGUUUUUUGGGCCACAAUUUAACUGAGGUUGGUGGUAAUAAAGAGAAUCAGAAUGAUGGGAGAGCAAAAGGGAAGGAUUCAAAUAUCAUUGCAGUUAUGGGGGAGAAUCGCUGCUGUGAUAAUAAAAGGAUGGAGCAAGAAACAAAUGAUCAACAAGUUGACAAGGAGCAAGAUGAGGGAGAGGGAGUUCUUGAAGAUGAAGAGCAAAUGGAGUCCUUAAAUGUGAUGGGGGAGAAUCGCUGCCGUGUUAAUAAAAGGAUGGAGCAAGAUACAAAUGCUCAACAAGUUGACAAGAAGCAAGAAAACGGAGAGGGAGUGUUUGAAGAUGAAGAGGAAACAAAAUUGUUAAAUUUGAUGGGGGAGAAUCACUGCCAUGAUAGUUUAAAAAUGAUGGAGCAAGAAACAAAUAAUCAAAAAGUUGACAAUAAGCAAGAUGAGGGAGUUUUUGAAGAUGAAGAUCAAACAGAAUCUUUAACUGUGCAGUGUGUAGAAAAGGAGACUACUUUUGACGGCGUUUUGCUUCAUGAAUCAGCAGGGGCAAAUUCUAAAACUAUGAAAUCACCUAAAGAAAAGCAAGCCAUGGAAGAGGAGAAAGAGAAAAUACAUGAGGACGCACCUGAAAUCAAUGUGUCAUAUACUAGUAAAGAAGCAGCAUUGGAUGAUGCUGGAACUUUUGAUUCAGAUACUGAAACUCUUGCAGUCCGAAAGCGAUCAGUUAAGAAAGCAAAGAUUAAGUAUGCUGUUUCACCAAAGAAGCCAUCAUCUCAUGCAUACACUACUUCAGCGGAAGAAACUAGGAACCAGAACGAUAAAGUCGGUUUUUUUGGAAGGUCUUGUAAGAAACCAACAACUCAUCCUGCAGCAGAAGCUAGGAACCAAAACAAGAAAGUCAAUCUUUUGGAUAGGUCAAGGCCAACCCAAGUGUCUGCUAAGAAACUCACAAAAAUGCCAUUUUCUCAUGAAAAGCGCAAAAGGCUGCUUUGGAGACCUGAAGAGGAGGAAAUGCUAAGGGAAGGAGUGCAAAAAUUCUCAAGUAAAGUGAACAAAAAUCUUCCUUGGCGGAAAAUUUUGGAAUUUGGCAGACAUGUUUUUGAUGCAAGCCGAAGUCCAUCUGAUCUCAAAGAUAAAUGGAGAAACCUUCUGGCCAAGGAGUCAUCAUAAUCAAUCAACAGUGGCCCCUCUUGAUUCAGAAGACCGGAGGAUCAAAAAGUGAACAUUUUUCUUAAUAGUUUAUAUACAUGUUAGGCUCACAUGCGUGAACGUGUGUACCCGCAGGGCUUUUGGAGGGGAUCUUGAUCUAAUUUCCCUCUUGGAAAGAUGGCGAAGAUGGCAAAGAUGUUCUGUUUCUUUUAUUUUUUUUAUAAAUGUUAAGUAGUCUGAUAUCGUAGCUCUUUUUGUAAGGUAUUUGUAGACAUUGAUGUGAAUAUUAUGUUUAUAGUUUAAGUCAGUUGGUCAAUGCAUCGAGUGAUACGGAUUAAGUGAAAA